AUGGGAAGCUUUGAAGGACACCUCCUGUCAGGAUUUGGCCUCCUCGUGUUCUCAAUCUAUUAUUCGUCGCUAAUGUCCUUGGCCCUGCUCCGGAAACAGAAGAUGCUCAAGCACCUCUUGCUCCCAAGGAAGCUGCUGGGUCGCGGGCUGGUUUUGCAGGUAUCCUAUGAAGCAGUGGUGAAGGUGGUUAUGGCUGCUUUUGCCAUUCUUUGUGAAUACUACUACCCCCUAGGGGUCAACCGUCUGAUGAUGAUAGACUGGAAGGACCCUCAGCGUCUGUUUGUUUUCAAGGACACCUGGCAGCAUGUAACCAUGUUUGGGUUCUUUAUUCUCAGUGGCAUAGCAGACAUUGUGAGCCAGGCAAAACAGGCAAGUUGGAGUGUGAAGCUGGAGCGCGCAGGUGAAGCCCUGGCUUUCUAUGUGGUGGCACUGCUGAUGACAGCCCAUAUUGAAAACAAAAGCGUCUUAGAGAUCCGAGUGCAUCUUCUGUUUGUGUUGCCUGCCUUCUUGCUUGCUCUGAUUCUCACUGUGGAGAUCUGGGUCCCUGACAAUGCCCCACUCUGGAUCCUCAAGUGCUGGAUGGGACUGGUGUUAAGCACCUGGAUGUUACAGAUCUGUGAGAUGUAUAUACCUUUCACUGGACAGCCCUGGAGGGCAGACAACCCCACGGACCUGGCAUUCGUAACCAUUUUUUUCUGCUGGCACCUGUUCUUAGGGCUUACCUUGUUGAUUACCAUCUAUGGCCUCUGCAGUCUCUGGCACUGUCACUAUUCUUCCCGGACAAAGACUCUUGGGGCUAGGUACCAGCUGUAUCUUACAGAAUCCAGUGGUGAAGAAUUAGAAAAGCUUAAUGCAGAAGCUGUGGCACAGGAUGGAGGUGUGUAG